AUGGAGCGCGCGCCACCACUUCUCUUCGUCCUCCUCUGUGCGGCGGCGUUCUUCACUGCCGCCGCCGCGUCUGCCUCGAUCUUCCCGCCAUUCCUCGCACGCGACGGCAGUGCUUCAGCCGCGUCUGCCGGCCAAUUCGCCAAGAAGCAGAAAGGGAAGGUUAUCGACAAAUACGUGGUUAAGUUGCAUCCUCCUAAGGAGAAUGGAAAAGUGAUCGGCGACAAGGGUGCAUCCGGGAAAUGUGCUACUAAGUCGGUGAU